AAAGAUUUAUUGUAUUUUUAAUUAUGUGUAUGCGUUUGGGUAUGUGCAUGUGAGAGCAGGUGACCCCUGAGGGCAGAGAUGUCAGAUACCCCUGGACCUAGAGGUGUAGACAGUUGUGAGUCAUUUGACAUGGCUGCUGGGAAAUGAACUCCAGGGUCUAGAAGAGCAACAUGUGCUCUUAGCAUCGCUCCAGCAUGAUUUGUGUGGAAUUAACGUGUGCCUUCUGGUUUAUGAAUACCUGAUCUAAAAGUGGAGUCAAAGCCAAGGGUGGCCACAGGGACAAGGACAGGACAUUCAGGGGAAGGCUGUAGGGUCCAGAGUUUGGGGUGGGAGCUGGGACAGGAAGGGUCAGUCCUGACGCCCAGGAGGGAGGAGUUCAGACCCUGUGCCAGGCUCUGCACCGCACCGACGUCUUCAGACUCAAGCUGAGUCCUAGGCACACACCGGCCUCCAAGAAUGGUUUUCAGUGGUCAUCCUCAGCCAGCCUUCCCCUGCUCAGGGUCCAUGUGGCAGUGAGAGUCCUGUUCCUGUGUUCACUGAGGGAACAGACGGGACAACUUCCCUUUCUGUUCCUGCAAAUGCAUUUUCAGUGGAUUCCCCUCCAGAGUGCAGGGUGCACAGGCAAGUGUUCAAGUGACAGCGCUGGCUUCCAGAGUCAACAAGGGAAAGGAAAGUGAAAAUGGAGAAAACCUGGUUGUCCGCAGAUCCACGUGACCGCUGUGUGACGGGACUGGGAGGACGUCCCCAUCCAUCAGUGCAUUGGCUCCAACCUCAAGUCCUCCCCUGCCUGCUGUCCCCACCUAGGGAUUGAUGGAAUCUAGGACCAAAGCGACAGGGACAAGCCUGGGACUGGACAGUCCUUAGGAACCAGGGCGGCUUCCAGCCACACUGUGCUGAAUAUGAUGCAGGAGCAGUUCCACCCGAGCUCCAUGAGCUCGCGAGCCGCAAAAUCAUCUGGGCUGCCCCUGCGCCAGCAGCUGCCCCUGCCGCCCUGGCAUAAGGACUGCAUUGGAGGGAGAACAGCCAGUGCUCCAGGUGGAGCUGGAAGCGCCUGUGUCCUCGGGAUCUUCACUCUGUGAUGCACAACUUCUCAGGAGAAUCAACUCCAGGUUCCAGGAGCUGCACCGCCUCCAGCAGGAGAUCCUCUAAGUCACCGCAUCCCACCCUCCUCCCCCAGUGCGGGACCCUCACCAGGACCCCCACACAGGGCCUGUGCGAUGUGCUGCGCUAAGGAGCCGCCUACUGCAGUGGAGAAGCCUGUGUUGGUGCAAAGACCUGAGCACUGUGGACUGUGACCAGAGAUCACUGAGUCCUGAAAGUCUGUAACAACUGGGUGUUCCUUCCUAGAGAGAUCAUUGUUGCCUGGGCACAGGUUGUAAAGUCCAGGCGGACCCGCCCGACUCAGAGUGUUCCCAAGUCUCCAGAAUGGGGGCGAUGGAACCCUGCGCCCUCCUCCCGCUGCUCACCGUCGUCCUGGCCCUGACCCAGACCCGCGCUGACACAACUUCAGGCUCUCAUUCGCUGCGCUAUUUCCGCACCGCCGUGUCCCUGCCGGGUCUGGAGGAGCCGCGGUUCAUCUCUGUCGGCUACGUGGACGACACGCAGUUCGUGCGCUUCGACAGCGACGCGGAAUAUCCGAGAUACGAGCUGCGCGCCCAGUGGAUGGAGCAGGAGGGGCCGGAGUACUGGGAGCGGGAGACGCAGAGAGUCAAGAUCAGCGCACAGCUUUUCCGUGUGAACCUGCAGACCCUGCGGGGCUACUACAACCAAAGCGAGGACGGCUCUCACACCAUCCAGUGGAUGUCUGGCUGCGAUGUGGAUUCCCACGGGCGCCUCCUCCGCGGGUAUGAGCAGUACGCUUAUGAUGGCAAAGAUUACCUCGCCCUGAACGAGGACCUGCGCUCCUGGACCGCGGCGGACAUGGUGGCUCAGAUCUCCAGGCAAAAGUGUGAGGAGGCUGAUGUGGCAGAGCACUGCAGGGCCUACCUGGAGGGCGAGUGCGUGGAGUGGCUCCUCAGAUACCUCAGGAACGGGAAGGAGACUCUGCUGCGUGCAGGACAGUUCAGAGUCUCUCAGGAUAGGAGAGAAGAUCCUGAAAUAACCAGCCAGCAGUUCCCGUCCAUCUGCAGCCCACUGUGAACCCUGGCAAGGUUC